AUGAAGCCCUCUGCAGACGUGCUCGAACUCAUCGCCUGUGCUGUUCUGGUCCUUGUGAGCUGUGUGGGAAACACGUGUUUGUUUUACACCACCAGGAAGUGCAUCACUGGACGUGUACAGACAUCCUUUCUUCUCAUUUUCAGUCUUGCAUCCGUCCACCUUAUUAAAAACUUGGUGGUGAACGUCAUAAAGAUUGUUUACUCUUCUGGGAUUGUGCUGGAUUCCGCUGGCUGCAAGGUUCUGCACUUCACAGCAGCCCUGACAACCUCUCUGGCCAUCUGGUUCAUGUUACACUUGGCGCUGCUGUACCACCGGAAGCUUUACCAAAUCGUCCACCCCUCGAGGGAGGCUGCAAGCCCGGAGCAGCAGGAGCGUUCCGUGAAGCUGGUGUCUGCACUUUGGGUGGCUGGUGUGGCUGUCUACACCCCACUGGUGGUUUAUACUAGAAAGGCAGAGAACCCGAGCGCAGGAAAUGAUACAGACCCCUUGUCCACCAACAGGAUGUACAUGGAUUGCCUGAUAGACUUUGGAAACGAGCAGGUAGAACUUUACUAUGGGAAAAUAUUUUUAGUUCUGAUUGAUGUUCUGCCUUUAGCCAUCUUAGUCUUCGUCUGUUUCUGGAUGUCUUUCCUCCUUUCCAAGAGAAAGAAGAUGACAUAUGGUGACAUCUGGAUUGGAGAUGAUGAUUCAGAAGUUGAAAUCCUUAGAGGAGCCAAGUUUAGUAUUUUAUUAAUGUUGCUGAUCACUCCACUUUGGAUUUCUCACUUUAUCUUAGUCUGUUUCUUGAAAGACUUGGCAGCGUGUGUCUUGAUUCCAGCUGUUCUCUCGGCUCUCUCUUCAGGCUUCUCUGCUCUCAGUCCUUUCCUGCUUAUGCUGGUUAAUUACAAAAUGAAGUUGGUGUCCUUCUGUGGUGCCAAAGAGGUAAAGCCCACCCCACCGCCUGCAAAUGUUAUUCUUUCUCCAUAUGCUUGA